CUUAAAUGUACUCUAGUGCUUUUUCCUUUUGGGAAAAUAAUCAGACUUUGUCUAAAUCAAUGAAAAGUGUUAGAGAAAAUGUCAUCAAAACAGUAGACGUAACUUCAGUUUUAUUACGACCAAGUGUUUGUGAAUGUAUCACAUCGCAUGAGUUGUUCAUUUGGGGUGGCAAGCGAGGAUACAAUCUUACGCUUUCGAAUUUAUAUAUUUGAGCUCUGAUCAAUAUUUGGCGAUAACACUUCUCUUUGCAGUUUGAAAUUUCGUUUUUACAAAUACUACAUGGGUCGAGCUGGUGAGAAAAAGGCAUAGCGAAGUAAAGGAAUAUACUGACACAGGAAAAGGUAACUAUUAGAUUUUAAUAUUGAUUGGAGCCCGUAAUAUGGGGCAGUUUUGGAUUUUUUGUGUCGAACGGGAGCAAAACCAGUAGUUUUGCUGUUUCUAUUUGUUGUACGCAGUCUAAUUACUCCUGUAGUACUGUAAAAGCUUUGCUCAUUGACCAAGUUAUAAGAUGUAAGGCAAUGCAGACAGAAUGAUGCAGUUGAUUUCAGAUGUUUUGGAAAAACAUUUAAGAAAAUGCAAUACCCGAAUGGAAAUAAAAUUAGAACAUAUCAGUCAAGAGUUUGAGUUAUUGGCAGUGAAAUUGCAUGAUUUGUUAAGUGUAUGUCAUCUGAAGAUAAUGGCAAGAAAAUAAACGUUUCUCGAUAAAAAGUUAUUGAGUUUGGCUGGCAGUAAAAUAGAUCUCAAAACUGAGUGCUUUUAGCCUUUUUUUUUGCUAAAAAACCUACAAAAUUCAACAAACAAUAGGCGUCACUUUGACUCUAGUUAGUAUUAAAGCAAACCAACACCAUCGACAUGAAACGAGUUGGUUUCUUCUUGUGUUUUCCUUUCUCUUGAGAUAUUUGAAGGGAAAGUCGAGGGAAUAAUUGUAUCUUGGCUUAUUUUUGCCCGAAGUAAGGCCAUUUAAACUACAGUAUACAAAAUAACUUGAGGCUGCCUCUUGUUUGUUUGUAGGUAAAAAUCUACUUGUGACUCAUGGCGGAAACUGGGAUUGUCAUGACAAUCCUCUUCAUACUUGUCUCGGUGGAUAUCGUGGGGAAUUCUCUCGUUUGUGCGAUAAUAUGGAAAAAUAGAAAUCUCAGGUAUGUUAGAGAGUUGCAAGCAGUAGAACCUCUCCUUUAAGGUAUCUCUAAUUAAUGGACACCUCUCCUCUGUGCUUCGUACGGUCUGAAUCAGACCGAUUAUUCUUAAAGCUGCAAAAAGAGUAGGCAAGUAUAAUAUAAAGCGGAAGCGCAUAAGAGUUUAUCUAAAACAGAAUGUGAAAGAUAACCUAUUUUUUCAGCUUGGUAAUGGAAUAGUGAAAGACAUUUUGUCUUCUUCUCACGAGCUGGGGAAAAGGAGUAUAUCAGAUGAUCUGAGUCCGUCAGAGUAUUCGAACCUCUGUCUCCCGGCGGUUGAGCACCAGCGCGCUAAAAGACUAAGGUUCUAUACCAUACGAAGACUAUAAUAAUUAAACUAGCAGGAAGCCAACUUAAUGAAACGAACUCGAUACCUUUUUGUCAUUACUAGUUAUUAUUUCUUUGCGUAUUUUCAUCACUAUAGGACCCCCAUUCAUAUUCUACUUUUUAACCUUGCUGUGGCGGAUGGUCUCUUUGCGUUGUUGAUUGCACCAAAACUCAUUGUGAGCCUCAAUUCAAAGCACCCCGAGGGGACGGGUGGUUCAGUUUUGUGCCUGUUGAUAACUGGUGGAGCCUUCGCGUGGGUUGCAGCACUGUGUGCCAUUUAUACUCUGGUUGCGAUUGCCGUCGAAAGAUACUAUGCAGUCACUGAUCCGUAUGGCAAGAAAUGGAAUCUCACUAAGAGAAAACUGAAGGUUCGUUCUGAUUCAGUUUUACUGCAUUUAAAGUUACGAUGGAAACAUUAAACAACGCUCUCACAACUAAACUUCGAGCUCUAACACAGGCGAGUAAGCAUAUUUUUUUGGCAUUGGCGUCAGUGAAGUCUCAAAUAUUUUUUAAAAACUUAUUGUGUGUGGUCUAAUGAGAGCAAUGAUCAGUGCGAAGAUCGUACUGUCGGACUUCUAUCAGCCCAAGGUAGGUGUCCAAAGUCUUGACAGGAAAAACCGAGAAAGAUCACCAUACACUACAAGGCUAAGUCGAUUGUAACUUCUAAACCCAAAAAUUUCCUGGAAACUAGAUCACUUUCAUGAGCACAACGGGUAGAAAUAACCUUAAGCGAAGUAGACUUCACUAAAUGUGAUUGCCGCCAACGUUUCAUAACCUGUGGAUUUUUUUUUUUAACUUGCAUCAUGCACCCCUUCUUUGUACUCACCGUAAUUAGUAUAGUAUACAUCGAAAGCCGUAUAAACAAGGGCACAUUUUGGAAUUAACAACAAGUCCCAUGGGUGCAGGCCCAGAAACAUACAGAAUAUACGGGCAGCUCGUGCAGUUAGUAAUGGUAAAAGGACUGAGAGGAGUCCAAUUCGGUCUGUAAUCAUACGAGUGAUUAACGAAAUCGGACAACCGCGAGGUGGGACUCCGAUUUGUUAAUUACGAGUAUGAUUACAGACAGAAUUGGACGAAACUAAGUCCUGUUACCGAUAAAUCAAGACUAUGAAAAAAUUUGACAUAAGACAACCGUCGUUUAUACGUUUACAUAAAAAAAACAACAACAACGAACAGUAAAUUCGGCGAAAUGCGCCGCAACAGUACGCGCAUGUGCACAGAACACGUGCUGUCAAUUACAAAGGCAUGACGUGUACACUGUCCAAUUACAAGUAUGAAGUGUUCAUUGUCCUAUUAGUGCUCAAAACAGGGUUGAUGAUAUAACAUGUCACUUUCCAGAAUUUAUGAUGGUUUUGAUUAUUAUUAUCAUUGUCAUUGACACUGUCACUGUUAGUGUCCCUGACAUUAUCAUAAUCACUGAUCUUCAUCGUUAUUAUUAUUAUUGAUAUAAUAAUUAUCAUUUAUACUCUUGAUUUUUAUUCGAACUCCCAAAUUUCGACAUUUCAUUGCAGGUAAUGAUAAUAGCUUUCUGGAUCUUAGCCGCAAUAGCAUGCAUCCCCAACACCAUGUACAUGAGGGUCAAUAAUGGCCACUGCCAUGAAACUUUUCCUAAAGAAUGGGUAAUCAAGGCUUAUACUUUAUGGAACACCACCCAAGUAUUUGUUGCCUUGUUACUGAUGGUCACGUUAUACUCCAGAGUCGUGCGCACGUUAUGGUUUAAAUCAAAUAUUGUUGCCCACCCUGUGACAUCUCAGCAAAAAGUAAGUACCCUUACAAAGUCGUGCGCUAUUUGCAUAAAUAAUACAAUCCCAUUUUCAAUUGUAUCUCGUUUUUUUUCUUUUGCUUCUGUUUUUUUCUUUUUUAGCUUCCUUUUUUUCCUAUUUGAAAUCUUCAAGUUUCACUUGCGACAAACUGUUUCGUAGCUAGUAUAACGCAAGUAUAUGACGCUAGUAUAAUAUAAUUCGAAGUUCGUAUGGGGUUGAGAAUGGCUCUACAAAAGGGAGACAGACAGUAGCUAACAUCUUGUACUUUAAGACCGAUACAUUUUAGCGUGAUACUCAAACAGUUUGCUAAGUAAAUUUGAAAGCAAUUUGGUAAUUUUCUAGAACGAUUUUAAACACCGCGUGAUACCUGCCCACGAAAACUUUUUUGCAAGUAUUUUACAAGUUUAUAAACUCAAAAGAGUAUUUUUUUUUUGCGUUUGUUGUCGUUGACGCUGCUUCUUCCUUUUUCGCUUUGCCUUUUGUUUGUAUGUUGUCUUUUUUAUAUUAAUUUGGCAUUUAUUCGUUCCUGUUUGUUGUUGUUGUUUUUUUUUUGGCCAAGAGUAGCGGCACGAUUGUUAGAUAUUACCUUAUUCAUUCAAGUUUGUUCUGUUUACACGAUUUAAGAUAGACCAAAUGAACACCCAGUUUUUCUUAACCAAACAUUUUUGGCCAAAAGAUUACCUCGACGAAUUUUGCGUUGACAAAAAGUGAAAAAAGGAGGUUCAUCGAUUUUAUUUUCUUCGUGUUGACUUUCUCUUCUCAGGCGUGCGCCCAACUUUCCUAGCACGUGUUUCCCUUGAAUUUACCGCAAACUGCCUCAUAUCAUAAUAAUUUUUGUCAAAAAAAGUAAAAGAGGAUUCUAGCAAUCUUUAAAAUCCUGUACUCGGGCAGUUUAUCCUCGUUCUCUUCAACUAACCUCAGUUGGCGCUUUGACGACAGCGUCCGACGAUGGAGAAAGAAAAGUAGAACAAUUGCUCUGAAUUAUUUUGUUAAAAGCAGAUAAAACAAAAUAUCACGGUAUUUUAACAUUUAGAAAGUUUUUGUCUCGAUAGUUUUCUUUUAAAUGUUUAGAAAAUUUCCAUUUUUAAAACACUUUUCAAUCUUCAGGGUGUAAUGAGAGUCCGCAAGCGAGUCACCUUAAUGGCUGUGGUUGUCAGUAUCAUAUUUGGAAUCUGCUGGGGCACAAUCCAGGUUCUUUACACCUUGCAUGCUUUCGAGGUUUUUCGGUUGGAUAAAGUCGUUAUCGCAAUUUCCAACAUUCUGGUAUUGUUUAAUUCUACUAUCAAUCCCUUUGUGUAUGCUCUGCUCAGCGAAAACUUCAGACAGAAAUUAAAAGGAAUGGUCCGAUUCCCAAGGGCUACUGUUGGUGCCACAACGGAGCUUCAUAACAUUGAAGUCCACAUUGCAAGAGAUAAAUCCAACACCCCUGAUGUUUCGAUCAAUACAACAACAUCCGUGAGCCAGGAGUAAAAAAAAAAGAACUUUUUUCAAGCAAUCAUUUAAUUAAAUAACACGUCAUAACUAGACUAGAAAGGCUGGCACUUAGCGUAGAAAUUGUUGUGUUUUUUUUGCGGGAAGCUGUACAGAUAUAGUUCAAUUUAGGAAUAUAUAUGACAAGAUAAAAUAAUUGGACAAUUGUUUUCUCUUGAUAUGACUGUUUCACUUCUUAUUAACCAACACGAAAAUAAAAGGGAAUGUCGUGCAAUAACAGAUGUGUUACCCUAUUAAAGGAUGUGUACAAGUUGAACAAUACAUAUCAAAAUAAUUGUGCUUUCAAACAUCUUGCAUUGAAUAUGUCAUUUUGGCUGUUACAAACGCGUUACAGUUAGGCUUACAGACAGUAUUUAAGAUGCCAGUCGAGCCGUAGA